AUGGCUUCUCCUCUCGUACAGUACGUGGUCGUAAGAGCGGAUCUUCUUCGGGCGUUGAAAUGGCCGACCGGAGCGGUCAUAGCGCAAGCUUGUCAUGCCUGCACUGCAGUGUUACACGUCUACAGAGACGACACCAACACACGGGACUAUCUGGCCGGUUUAGACAGUAUGCACAAGGUGGUGUUGGAGGCUAAAGAUGAGGAGAGUCUGUGCAUGUUAGCUGAGCAGCUUCAACAGAACAACGUCGAUCACAAGUUGUGGAUAGAACAGCCGGAGAACGUAGCGACGUGUCUGGCCGUCAAACCUUACCCCAAGUCUGAGGUCCAGAAACACUUCAAGAACUUCAAGCUCUUCAAAUGACAGAAUAAAUAUUUAGAGAACUUCAAGAACUCUUCAAACAAUGGAACUGUUAACUUCAAACUCUUCAAAUGACAG